AUGGUCGACAUUACAUUUCAAUUUGAAGCGUUCAGCUUUAAUGGCAUUUGCAAAACCGUUGCCCUUCCAUUAUGUCCAUUGAUGGGCAAAGACGAAGGCAUUGAGCCAGAAUGUUAUUCACGCAACGUCGACUUGGGUGGUAACCUCAUCUUUCAGCCUGCCACCUUGGUGAUUGAUGUAGUCGCCAUUAUCAUGACAGCCAUCAUGAUUUAUCACGUUCGAUGCAAAUACACAGCCGUCGGUCGCAAGGAGAUUGUCAUGUUCUUUUACCUCUACAUGCUCAGCGUUUUCCUAGAGCUGUUGCUUAUCACCGACAUAAUACCAACAUCCAACACAGCAUACACGUAUUUUGCAGCCAUCCAUGUCGGUGUGGUGAGUGCAGCAUUCUGGUGUCUCUUGUUGAAUGGCUUUGUCGGCUUUCAAUUUGCAGAGGAUGGCACGCCCAUUUCUCUAUGGUCCAUUCGAUUGAGCUCGUUCCUUAUCGGAUUGAUUGUGGGGGUGAUUGCAUUGUGCACGUUCCUUAAUAUGGGUCCAUUUUCUUACAACAGCCCCGGUGCCUUGUGGGCAUUCAUGUUUAUCAUCAAUGGUGUAUCGUUUCUCAUUUACGUUGUGUCGCAAAUCAUUCUUGUUGUCAAUACGCUUGACGAUCUUUGGCCUUUGGGAGACAUUCUUUUUGGCACAGCUUUCUUUUUGAUCGGCCAGGUGUUGAUGUACGUGUUUUCAGUGUUGAUUUGCAACCAAGUCAAGCAUUACGUGGAUGGCAUGUUCUUUGGUACCAUAUGUACACUGCUAUCCGUCAUGAUGGUAUACAAGUAUUGGGAUUCCAUCACCAAGGAAGAUCUCGAAUUUUCGGUUGGAUCCAAGCAAAAUGUGUGGGAAGUCAAGGAAUUGUUGGGUGAACAAGAUGAAUUAUCGACCCAACAUAGCUAUAGCAACAGCGGUAGUCCCUAUCCAACCAUGGUACAACAAACAAGCCCUUACAGUCAUCAACAAUACCAUCCACAUUAUGAUCAUCCUUAUUAA